CCAGAUUCGAUGAACGAAAGGUUCCGAGGGGAAGGUUCAUGACAGGUCAGCAGCCAGGUAUGAGUCUCUCGAGCAUACGACAGCUCAUGCAUUUCCCGGUUGAACCUUCCAAUGGACUGCACUGUCUUGAAGUUUAACCAUUGUGGAAGAAAAAUCUAUAGUUUUGACAAAAAUAGGCUCCAAACCGAGAACACCGGGCGAAAAUGCCCAAUCUGUCAGGAGCAGAUGAGAUUCAGCCUCCUCGAGGCACCUGUUAUAGUUCCAUGUCCAUUUAGUAAUGGACACAAGGUCCGGUGUGCCUUCCUCAUUGGAUCCUCACUGGGACCUGCUUUUCUUAGUGAAUGGCAGGACUCGGAGCUGCAUGUUGGAGUUACUAACUCACAAGGUGUGGUGUACAGCUACACCUCCUCAGGAGUCCAGAGAGAGGAACAGGGCUGGGAGCAGUGCCUCAGUGUGCCGCUGGUGGCCCCCGGGAAUAGCAGGGGCAGCCUAGCUGGGACGCUGUGGGACAGUGAGCUGGAACAGUUCUCCCUCCUCCCCACCUGGUCACGACACAGGUUUGAAGAGGAGAGGGAGUUUGGCUCGUGUUGCUAUGGCUUUGCCCUGUCCUUCCUGAACCAGCUGAGGAGAGCAGAGGGCAGAGAGUCAGUCACUAGGGAUGACUUCACACAGCAACAUGUCCUGCCCCACGUUAAGACUGCCUCCAAAUACAUCACAGUCUACCAAGAGAUCCAUCAACAUGGUUUCUACGUAGCUCAUUUAUAAGAUGCUUGUAUUAGUGUAAUUUUCAGAGGGGGUUGGGAUAAAGCUGAAGGACCUUCUGUUGGAUUUUGUAUACAAUUGGACAAUAAAGCUGAACUUCAAUGAUAUUGUUAAUGCUUAGUUGUUGGUUAGCACAGAUAAAUCCUGAUGCUUUUAAUAAAACAUUUAAAAAGCCGACGCCAUUAUGUUAGAAAAUUGAGAAGAUGUGUGUAGCAAAUCUGAGUAGGUUGAUGUGUAUGAUAUAGUGAGAGUCUGUAUAAGAGUAAAAUAAUAACUGCCAAUUUGCAUGUUUGAGUGUCUACAGUAUGUGUGUAUAGCCUUAAUAUUCAUAAUUGUAAUCCAUAUCGUAUCACCAUAACAUUCUUCCACUGCAAAUCUACCAUUCCAGUGUUUUACUUGCUAUAUUGUAUUUACUUUGCCACCAUGGCCUUUUUUUGCCUUUACCUCCCUUAUCUCACAUCGUAUAUAGACUUGUUUCUACUGUAUGUUUGUUUUACUCCAUGUGUAACUCUGUGUCGUUGUAUGUGUCGAACUGCUUUGCUUUAUCUUGGCCAGGUCGCAAUUGUAAAUGAGAACUUGUUCUCAACUUGCCUACCUGGUUAAAUAAAGGUGAAAUAAAUCAUUA